UUAUCGCAGUCACAGGAGAGAGGUGGGACACCUUGAAAUGACAGGACGCAUUCACUGGUGUAAACAGUAAUAUUAAUGACUGGAUGGUCAAUAGAUUCUUUCCUAACAAAUAUAAAUACAAACAAGUUUUCAAAUGGACUUAAUGGAGUGUAAUGACGCUCAUCUUUGUGAUGAUGUAAGAUAUCAAUUGAUACAUAUUUCCAAAUUACUCGACCAACAAAAGCAAGUUGCCAAGGAAUUUAUUUUGGAAUGUAAAAAAGCAACUGAUAAAUUGUCUAAUGAGAUCAAAUUUAUGAAAAAGAAAUUUAAAGAAAUGGCAAAACUCCUUGAGGAAUUAGCUGAAACAGUGGAGUUAAAUUCUUCAAAUGCCAAAUUUUCAAAUUCUGGCUCCAAUAAUGUCUCAGUGACUGGUGUGCAAAUUCCGAUAAAUACUAAUGGACAUUUAAUAUGGGUCAUAGAUAAUUUUCAAACUAAAAUGGAAAGUGCAGUUGAAGAGCAAAAUGUUCUAUGCAGCCCUUCAUUUUUAACCAGUGAAUUUGGCUACAAGUUUGAAGUUGUAGCGUAUUUAAACGGAACAGGACAAUGGACAGAUAGAUGCAUGCUGUUUUCCAUAGAGCAUUGUCCAACGCCUUGGGAUGUCAUCCUUCCUUGGCCAUGCAGAGUGAAAAUCAUAUUCACGCUAAUUGACCAAAGCAGAGACAGGACAAAGGCAAAAGAUGUAACAAAGCUGUUUAAAAACGUUAUUAUAAAUGAGAAGAAAAAAGCUUUCAGGACAUUUUUAUCAAAAGAAAUAUUAAAAGAAAAACAGUAUCUCAACAAUGGGUCAAUUCUUAUUGUAUUAAGUGUAAAAGAGAUCCAUGCAGAUGGUGAGAAAUAAAAUUAUAUUAAUAUUUAUACUAUUCUUGAUACGAGUUACUUAAAAUAAAAUC